UGUGAGUCGGCGCGUGAACAACAGAACUGACAGGCAGCGGCGCGCGUCCUCAGUCACGUUAACGGGAAGAUGGAGCAACACAGAGGCGCCACGGACUUCAGCAUCAUGUUGGCCACCGAUUCAUACAAGGUCUCACAUUACAAACAGUACCCACCCAACACUAGUAAGGUGUACUCUUAUUUUGAGUGCCGCGAGAAGAAGGCGGACCCGACCAAGCCCCGAAAGGUCAAAUACGACAAAACGGUCUUCUACGGACUUCAGUACAUUCUCAACAAAUACUUAAAAGGACAGGUCGUCACUACAGAGAAGAUCCAAGAAGCAAAGGAGGUUUACCGGGAACACUUUCAGGAUGAUGUGUUCAAUGAAAAAGGAUGGAACUACAUUUUGGAGAAAUAUAACGGUCACCUGCCCAUCGAGAUCAAGGCUGUGCCGGAGGGAAGCGUUAUCCCACGCGGGAAUGUGCUCUUUACGGUAGAAAGCACGGAUCCAGAAUGCUACUGGCUCACUAACUGGGUGGAGACCAUCCUAGUUCAGAUCUGGUAUCCUAUCACCGUGGCGACCAACUCGCGAGAACAGAAAAAGAUUCUGGCUAAAUAUCUCAUGGAGACUUCGGGAAGCCUGCAAGGACUGGAAUAUAAACUACAUGACUUCGGCUACAGAGGAGUUUCAUCUCAAGAGACGGCCGGUAUCGGUGCAUCUUCUCACUUGGUAAACUUUAAAGGAACAGACACAGUGGCCGGGAUCGGAGUUAUUAAGAAGUUCUACGGCACCAAAGACCCAGUUCCUGGUUUCUCAGUACCAGCUGCAGAACACAGCACAAUCACUGCCUGGGGAAAGGACCAUGAAAGAGACGCUUUCGAGCACAUUGUCAAGCAGUUCCCAUCUGUGCCUGUGUCUAUAGUCAGCGACAGUUACGACAUCUACAACGCCUGUGAGAAGAUCUGGGGAGAGGAUCUCAGGGGUCUGAUCGAGAUGAGGAGCGCAGACGCUCCGCUGGUGGUCCGACCAGAUUCAGGAAAUCCUCUUGACACGGUGCUAAAGGUCCUAGAGAUUUUAGGGAAGAAGUUCACCCCAGUAGAGAACUCCAAAGGCUACAAAGUGCUUCCACCCUACAUCAGAGUGAUUCAGGGCGACGGUGUGGACAUCAACACUUUACAGGAGAUUGUGGAGGGUAUGAAAGAGCACAGAUGGAGCAUCGAGAACAUCACGUUCGGCUCAGGGGGAGCGUUGCUGCAGAAAGUGACUCGAGAUCUGCUCAACUGCUCUUUUAAGUGCAGUUACGUGGUGACGAAUGGACUGGGCGUUAACGUCUUCAAAGAUCCCGUUGCCGACCCCAACAAAAGGUCAAAGAAGGGACGUCUUUCUCUUCACAGGAAACCAAACGGGGACUUUGUUACUUUGGAGGAGGGGAAGGGUGAUCUGGAAGAGUACGGAGAGGACCUGCUGCACACUGUGUUCCACAACGGGAAGAUUGUGAAGACGUACACCUUCGACGACGUGAGAGAGAAUGCCAAGCUGAAGGAGAGCGAGGUGGACGAGCUGCUGCACUGAGAUCUUCAUCCGUCUCAGCCCUCUCAACACCCCCUAAAGGACCCGUGUCCUAACACCACGCCGCAGAGAGACAUUCAGUGUAUAGAGCUCUUCUGCGUUUGUCUGCUUUCGUGUGUCUUUCUUAUGGCGGAUGAAAGCAGUUACCAUGCUAUCCAAAUCAUUUAACUGUGUAUUUGACCAAUCGUGCUCUCGAUCACACGUCUGUGCAGGAAUGGAGAUGUACGUGUGUGCGUGUGUGUACUGCAAGUUUAGAUUUUGCUUUGCUUGUUUCACUGUAGGUCUGAAAGGUCAUUUUUCUGUGUUCGUUGAAUGUCGUGUGUGCGUCGAUCACUUUAUCAAAGAAUUAUUCUAUUACUUUAUGCAAAUGAGACGGUGGAAUUAAGGGACACUUUACCUUCACUUUCAUAGGCCUUUUGUUUGUGUUUUUCUUUGAAGGGUGAAUCUCUCCAAAACACGUGUAAUUUGCAUUUCACCUUAAAAGAAAAUGUAAUAAAUUAUUCUGGGGUGAAACGUGAGCCAGACAGGUUUUCGACAGGUUUUAUCCACAGCCUUUACCUUUCUGUAGAAAACAUUAUCCAAACUUUGCCAACAUGACGGAUGCUACGUCAUGAUAUGAAGCUGAUAUAUCCACAGCAACUAAACACCUUUUUUAUAUUCAACGCUUUUUUUUGAAACACUUGAAAAUGCCAGUUUUAUUAAACAACACAAAUCAUUUUAGAAGAACUUGGGUUUACUAUUUUAUAUAUGUAACGUUUCAAACUCUAGAUUCAUUAUUUUUUAUGACAGAUGUCAUCAGAGUUACCGUAAAUAUCCAUAGUCAAAUUAAUGUGGCCAAACUGCCUCCUCUCUUGUAUAUAUGAGCGAGUGUGUUUGUGUUGAGAGAGCUGAGGGCUUAUUAUAAGGAUGGGUUCUUAUUUUUGUCUAAUGCCCAUUUUGUACCAACAGAAAAUAUCUGCAAUGUUCUCUGGACUGAUGUCCAGUAUGUGUGUGUGUGUGUGCGUGUGUGUGUACAUUCUUGUUUGACUGUACACUUGGUUGAUAAUAAUUGCUAAUUAUAAUUUGAUUGAUGUUUUUAUGUAUAUGUCUGGUUUUCUUUUCUCCUUCAAAUAUUUUAAACUAACAUGACGGUAUGCAGUUUUGACAGCAUAUUAAAAAACACACAAUCCA